GCGUCUUCCGCUCCGUUAGCCCGGGAUCGCAAUGGACAGGGACAGCGGCGGUGAGUCCUGAAGAGCGAAGCCGGACUCGGCUGUUGUCCAGAGAGAGACGAACUGAACCUUGCUAGACCAGAUGCAUGGAUUUUGUUGCAAACUGAAUGCACAAAUAGCUUUUAUUCGAUUCCGAUUUAUAAAUGGAAACUCAGAAAAAGACGUUCUGCCCCGAAGAAGUGCAAGGCGAAUGUGUUACCAGAAAACCUGAAGUGCAGGCCCUAAACGAGUCAUUCGGCUCCAGUGCCGAAAGUAAAGUGCAAAUGAUUAAAGGUGGUCUGUUCCUUGGUUCUGUGGCUACAGCAGGAAUGCUAGCUGGUUUUGGCACAACACUUGCGAUGGCAAAAAAGAAAAGUCCUGGAUGGUUUAAUAAGGGUAUGACUGCCACCAUUGCAGUUCCUGAGAGCGGUGCUUCACUUGCCUUGAGAGCCUUGGGUUGGGGCUCUCUGUACGCAUGGUGUGGGGUUGGUUUGCUUAGCCUAACCAUCUGGAAGGCUGUAGGUGCACACAGUCUGACAGAAUUCAGAGAAAAGAUCCAAGCGAUACUCCCUGAAAUUCCAAAAAGCACAGACAUGGAGGUAGCAGAGCCAUUUAGCUGGGAAAACCUGUUCAAGUCAAAAUGAGAAAAUGCUGAUUAAACAGAACAAUAAAUGUGAUCUUAGUGUCUGGCCAAUUAAACAAAAAUUAGCAAUUGCAUCUUUUGUAAAUUAAGGAACUUUAUUGUGCUAUUUAAAAUGUAUUGUUAUUUGAAUGGUUUGAAUGCUGUACAGAUAUUUUGAAGAAUAAAAUCCUAUAAAUAACA